AAAUCACAACCACUCGAAACUUGAAAAAUAGAAUUCGACAAUUUGACAUUGGAAAAACAAAUAUUGUAUUGGAAAUGUAUUAAUCAGACGAUGCAAUCUCGAGUAUUUCGUUGAUAUAUUGGUGAUACUUUGGAAGAUAGUAUUGAAGAAGUCGGCAUAAACUUUUAGUGCUCGGUAUGGUAUCUCCUCAAGUGUUCUACCGUGUUGGUCUAACACUACUGAUCGGAAUUCAUUGUACGAAUGUGGCGAUGUCAAUCAAAUGUUACAUGUGUAUCGUCGGGCAUGAUGCCCCUGACCUUGAUAAUCACCCCUGUGUUACAAACGUUACAAGCAUGCCGACAGAAGAAUGUGAUGGUGCCAUGGCCUCGUGUUACGUUGAAAAGUUCGUGCUUUCUAAACACCUGCAAAAGUUUUUGAGGGGAUGUAAGGACGAAAAAUGCGAGGACUAUUGUCAAGAGAAUCACGGAACCAAGGACUGUCGCUCUUGUUGUCAAACGGAUUACUGUAACAUAGGCAACAAAGGCAUGACGUCACCAAGAUUGGACCACAUCACUCUCGGAUUCUGUAUUUCGGGCAUCACUUUACUACAGACACUACGGUGAUAAACAUUAGACACUUGGGAUUAUGACAAAUAAUUAGAUCAAAUUGCCUUGAUCAAAAUGGUUUAAUUUGAUGGAAUUUGACUAUAUUUUUGGGUCCUUAAUUUCCUAUGAAAUGACCUCUCAAUUCUGACAUUGACAUACUGACAAUGUAACAUAUGGAAAUAUAAAUUAUGAUUUCUCUUUGGGCAAUCUGAACAGUCUAACACCCCAGUCACAUUUCCUACGGCGACCUUGCGGUCUAUCAUUUCUGCGGCCAGUAAUAUUUCUACGCUCGCCGUGGAAUUUCUGCGCUCUCAUACUUUUGCAGUCUCAUUUCCC